AUGCAUAUCAGUGACUGCUUAAUAAAGCUUAUAUUAGCGCCAACGACGGUUGUAGCCAAUACCAAUCGCAUCGAUGAUGCCGACUACGUCAACGACACCAAUCACAUCGACGAUGCCGAUCACGUAAACGACACCAAUCGCAUCGACGACGCCGAUCACGUAAACGACGCCAAUUACAUCGAGAAAGUAAAAAAUACCUUUAUAUUACUUAAUGAAUUCAUGUUUUCAACAAUUUUUGCAUAUUCAUAA